AUGCGCUUUAGUCUCGUCACCUGCAAACCGCAGGUUGCAUUUUGUAAGCCUGAAAAUAUACAGUUAGGGAUGGAUACAGGGGGGAGUGGAAGCCUGAGCCCUCCAGCUUUAAAAAAAAAACUAAUAGUAAAAUUUAAGAAGCACAAUCCAAUAAAAUAUAAUGAGUUAGGAUUUAGUAAUUGGAAGAAAGUAAAUAAUGGAGUGAAUUGUACAUUUGUAUGUCACGAGGGUUCUAUUUCUAAUUCUCCCCAUAAUUUAUGUGUGAAAUCUUGUGAUGAUUUAUUGGCUCAAUCUAAGCAUAUAGACAAAGUUCUUGAUAAGCAUAGUGAUGAAACUAUUGCAAAUAACCGCUUAAGGUUGAAGAUAUCUAUUGAUGCUAUUCGAUGGCUUUCAUUUCAAGCAUGUGCAUUUAGAGGCGAUGAAAGUCCUGGAUCUUUGAAUAGGAAAAAUUUUAUUGAGUUAAUUAAACUUUUAGCUUCAUGUAAUCAGAAUGUUAAUAAUAUUGUCCUUGAAAACACUCCUGGAAAUGCUCAAUAUAUAUCUCCCGGUGUUCAAAAAGAUAUAUUGCAUAUCUUUGCUAGAAAAGUGCGUGCAACAAUUCGAGAAGAAAUUGGUGAUUCUAAAUUUUGUAUAAUUAUUGAUAAAGCAAGAGAUGAGUCAAAGCGAGAACAAAUGUCUGUGGUUUUGAGAUUUGUAAACAAGCACGGUUGUGUUCAAGAAAGAUUUUUUGAUCUUAUACAUGUUUCUGAUACGUGUUCUUUGACAUUGAAAACAGAAAUUUCAUCAGUUCUUUCUCGUCAUAAUCUUGAUGUUCAAAAUCUUAGGGGACAAGGGUAUGAUGGAGCUACCAAAAAAGUUUGUUAUGUUCAUCAAUUCUUUUUCAAACUUAUACUAAUUGUGAAUGUUGUGACUAUUUCUCCUAAACGUCAUCAUCAGUUAAGGAUUGAUCAAGCAAAUAAUGUUGCAAACUUAAUUGCCGAUGAUCAAAUUGUGAUAGGUAGUGGACUUAAUCAAAUUGGUACUUUGCAAAGAGCUGGAGAUACUAGAUGUAGGUCUCAUUUGAAUUCUGUACAUAGCUUGCUAUGUAUGUUUGAUGCUACUUGUGAAGUUUUUGAAAAAAGCACUGAAGAAGGUAAUUUCUCCACUAGUGGUGAUGCUAGUGCUGCUUCUGAUGCUAUCACAUCCUUUGAAUUUGUCUUUGUUUUGCAUUUGAUGAGAAAUAUUUUGGAAGUCAGUCAUGAUCUUUGUCAAACUUUGCAACGAAAAAAUCAAGACAUAUUUAAUGCUUUAACUCUGGUUUCUACUACCAAGACUUUAAUCCAACGAAUGAGAGAAUCAAGUUGGGAGGCUUUCAUAAAAGAAGUUAUAUUGUUUUGUGAGAAACAUGAAGUUGAAGUUCCUGAUAUGAAUGCAUUGCAUAUUCCUAGAAGAGGCCGAACUCGCAAAAUUGUUGACCAAAUUUCAGUGGAGCAUCAUUACCAUGUUAAUUUAUUUCUGGCUGUAAUUGAUACACAGUUGCAAGAGCUUAAGGGAAGAUUCAAUGAUAAUAUGGUAGAAUUGCUUACUUUAAGUUCAACUUUAGAUCCCAGAGAUAAUUAUAAAUUCUUCAAUGUCAACAAAGUAUGUGAAUUAGUAGAACGGUUUUAUCCAGGUGAUUUCAAUGACCAAGAGAAAUUUCACAUUAGAAUGCAAGCUCAACAUUAUGAACUUGAUGUUCCUAAUCAUGUUGAGUUAACUAACUUGUGCACAAUUUCGGAGUUAUGUCAAGGAUUAACAAAGACAGGAAAGUCUUUAACAUAUCCUUUGAUUGAUCGUUUGAUUCGCUCGGUAUUAACUCUCCUUGUUUCAACUGCUACAACUGAGAGAUCUUUUUCAGCUAUGAAUAUUGUGAAGAAUAAACUCAGAAACAAAAUGGAAGAUGAAUUUCUUGCUAAUUUUCUUUUGAUUUACAUUGAGAAGAAGAUUGCUAAAAUAUUUGACAUCGAUUCUAUUAUCGAUAAAUUUUAUGAUAUGAAGAAUCAAUGUGUACCACUUCGUUAG